AUGUCACGAGAAGCGUCUCGGGACCGCGAUAUCGGUGCCAGACACCACCAUCGCCAUUCACAUUCCUUCUCCGAGUCUGGCAAUAGCCGCUUCAAUGUGCCUAUGUAAGUACUGAACAUAUACUGAUAUCAUCGAUCGCACCAGCAAUCGAAUGCGAGUCUGGCUACAACAUGACAUUUCUAACGAAUCUCAAACGCAGGUGGGAUAGUUCCGACCCAGACCGCGCACCGCCGCCUUUGCCUCUCGCGCCUGGCCAAGGAAGCCCGACUACGAAAGCAAACACAUCCGCUGGUAUUGCCGCGGCUGCCAAGCUGAUAGUAGAACGGGCUCGUGACAGUGCGCCUCUGUCCACUUACACACGCAAUCUGAAAGAGUCCGAGGCCAGUCCGGAGCGAUCGUUGGUUAAAGGCGCCCAUCACAAGCGCAUGCAAUCGUUGCAACCGGGCAAUGUCAAGGAUUUGAGAAGCUACCUCGACAACAACCGAUCACCAGACCGCUCGCCUGAGCGACCAGGCUCUAGAGGCACAUUCUCCCCGUACAGCCGAAUGAGCAGCCGCGACAAUAUUUCGCACACUCCAGAUCGGUCUACUACACCUACUCCCGCUGAGCGACCGGAUCCACUGAAGGACGCGCCCAACUUACGACCCUCUACUCGGCAGCAGUCAAAGCCCAUUCUCGGCGAGAACACUCCUCCGUCUGCCACGAUGCUGGCGUUGCAGACUAUGCAAGUUCCGGACCCGCCUUUGAACGACAUUACCAAUGGUCCUAGUACUCCAGGCGGAACCCGCGUGCACACAACUUAUGACUUCUCCAGUCAGCUUUUGAACUUGACCACAAUUGCAUCCAACCUGCAGAAAGAGAUGACUCAGCUCAGUAGACGAAGCAAGGACAAUGCCACAGAUCUCUUGACACUGAAAGAGGCAACGAACUCUCGUGAUGAAGAUAUUCGCAAGAGUCUGAAAGAUCUUGCAAGCACAGUCUCUUUCGCGCAGCAGGGCUUGCUUGGUCCGCCGCCGCCAAUGUCAGCUGGGACCAACAGAAGUGCAAGUGGGCACAGCGCGCCUCAUUUCCUGGACAACAAGGCAUUCAGCACCCCGCCGUCUGCGUCCAAGACUUUCAACUUACCGAGAGCAACAAGUGCGCACAGCUUUCUCGAUGAUAGAUGUGGCUCACCUUCACCAUACUCAGUCGAAGGCGCUGCAAGCGUUGCUAUGCUAGAGAAGAUCAUUCGCGAGAUGGUGACCAAGGACGGCCAGGAACGCCUGCUUUCGACACUGUCCGAGCUAUUAGAGAAGAGUCGAGAGGAGAAUGUUGAGGCUGCGAAGAAGGUUGAAGAGCUCUCCGCUUUCAUCAGAGAAAAGCAGGAGUCGCAAGCCUUGGUUCCUGUCCGUAGUGCGGACAGCGGUGCGCCUAAACUGGAACUCGACUUUGACACACCACGCAAGGCUGGUGGUAAGGAGCAGGAUUCAGCUGCCAAAGAGGAGAUCAUGAGGAUUCUGCAGCGCAUCAAGGAUUCCGUUGCACACUCAGGUGGGACCAGUGCGGAAGUCAAAGGCCUUGUACGAGAUCUACGAGGUGAAGUUCUAGGCAUGGGACGCGAGCUCGGCAAGAAGCUUGACCAAAUAAGCGAAGCCUCGCUCAACAACACCCUGGAUCGGUCAAUCGAUGAAGGCAAGGGCUCGGAGCAGAUGGAAGAAGUGCAGCGAGUUGUCGAGGAGGGCAUCGCUGAACUGAAGCGACAUCUUUCCAGCGCCUUGAAAGAACGCGCCGAACAAGACGAUGAUGCGUUCAAGCAACUGGCUACGACUCGAUCUGGCCCGAACGGAGAGGAGAUGCUCGCAGUUGUCAAGCACGCCCUUGCGGAACACAGCGAUACUCUGCAAAAGCAGGAUUCGGAAGUCGAAAACAUCGGGCUUAACCGAGACAGCGUCCUAGAUGCCGUGAAGGAGGGUCUGAAGGACUUCGAGCCCAACAUCGAGCUGCAACAAUUCGGCCUUGAGCGGGAUGAGAUCCUGUCCGUACUCAAGGAGGGUCUCGAGGAGUAUCAGAACAACCGAUCUGAGCCAGCGGCUGCUUCCAUCGACAAGGGAGAACUUUUCGAGGUCAUGCAAGAAGCGCUCAAGGAUUUUCGGGCGCCGGCUCCGUUUCCAGCAGAGCAGCUUUCUGAAUUGAAGGAGGAGUUGCUUGGCAACGUUCGAGAGGCUCUCGAGCAGUUCAGUCCCCCAGCCACAGGCCCUGCCAUGGACAAUGAGGCCAUGCAGGCCGCAGUUUUUGAAGCGGUCAAGGACGGAUUCGCCAACCAUGGGCCAUCUGCACCACGCGAAAUCGAGAUCAGCCGCGAUGAUCUUUUCGACGCAGUCAAAGCCAGCUUGGAUGGCUCUACUAUUCCCUUUGGCGGAUUCGGCGAGCAGGUGUUGAGCCAGUUGAAGGAACUCAUUGACGGCAUGCGCCUCGAAUUCAAACAGUACUCAGCUGCCAACGGCCGCGAUACGGAGCAGGUUCUUGACGCUGUGAAAGACGGGCUAGAAUCUCUCCGCUCGGAGAUCGAAUCCUAUGUCGAUCGCGCUCAGGAUGUCACUGGCAAGGACGAGAUCGUGGACACCGUCAAGAUUGGGCUUGAGCAAUUGCGACAGGACGUACAAGGUUUCUGUGCACAGGGACCCUCCCACGACAGCGGCAAGGCUGAGAUGCUGGAGUACAUCAAGGCUGAAUUUGAGCACCUCCACGAUGCAGUGGGCAACAACGGCAGCUCUCGCGAGGUUGAAGAGUCCAACGCGGGUCAGACAACCGCCGUUAUUCUGGCCCUCAAAGAAGGACUCGAUGACCUCAAGUCUCAUUGGGAAUCUCGAGACGAUAUGACGUCUAAUGAAGAGCUCAACGAGGCUAUGAAGGAGGAAUUUGAGCAGCUGAAAGGUGCCAUUCUCGACGCGAACGCUUCCGACAAAAGCGAGCUUAUCGAAACAAUUCAAGACAGCAUGGGUGCUUUGCAUGCCAAGUUUAGCGGCAGCGAGCUCAGCGACCUCUCCGGUGGCUCCUCUGAAGAAAUCGUUCACGCCAUGCGCGAGGAACUGGCAACGCUCAAAGAAUCGAUCCACGCAAUGGUGAGCGAGGUCGACAAGGACGCUGUGGUAGAGGGUGUCCGACAAGCCAUUGAUGACCUCCGUGUACAACUCUCUAGCGAGCAGAAUGACGCCUCGGCAGAGGCAGUCGGGGCUCUGAAGCAGGAGCUGGAGAGCUUCAAGGAGUCCUUUGGUAGCUCGCUGGUCGUUGGUGGCAGUUCAGGCGAAAGCACGGAAACGUUGCAGCAAAUCCAAGCUACACUGGAGGAAGUGAAGGAGAGUGCAGGCAAAGCUGCAGGCAAUGGCUUGAGCGAUGAGCAACUUGAGGCUUUCCGCGGCGAAUUCGAGAAUCUACGCAACUCGAUCGCCAACAGUCUCGUUCACGGUGGCUCCAACGACGAGGUCCUCGAUGCUGUCCGGCUCGGCUUGGACGAUCUGCGUUCGCAUCUUGAGCGAAAGCUGGAUAACCCUGAGAGCGUUAUGUCCCACCAAGGGCAACUACUUGAUGCCCUGAACGAGGGUCUGGAGACUCUCCGAAGCGAUAUCGUCAAGACGCUCGACAAGCCUCUGGAUAUGACUGUCAACUACGAAAUCCUGGACACUUUGAAGGAUGGGUUGGCCACACUACGCUCCGAGAUGGACAAACUGACUGGCAAAGCUGCUGAGACCCAGAGCGGCGAGAUUGUUCUUGCUGACGGCGCUGAGGUUGGCGCAGCUCGCGAUAUCUCUGCGGACGCUGCUGGAGCCGCGGCUGCCGCUGCCGAUGGUAUCAAGCGUGCUGACUUUGAGCGAGUCGAAGUCCUGCUCGCGCAACUGCAGAUCAAAAUCGAGGCUCUGGAGCACUCUGUUCAAGACCUGCCCGCGCAUCAAGAACCGCAGGCGGCAGCUCCUGCAGAGGGCACUGCGAUGAAGGAGGAUCUUGCUGCGCUUGAAACGAUGAUCAAGGAAGUCCAGGACAAUAUCAUCAGCCUUGCAGCCAUCCAAAAAGACGAAGCCCCAGAGGGUGCCGCUCGGAAGGAGGAUACCGAUGCCAUCGAAACGCUGCUUCGUAACACCAAGGCUCAUUUGGAAGAGAUGGUACUACCUGACCCAGAAGCUGGCGCUAGCAAAGAACAGCUCGAAGAAGUCCACACGGCGGUCAGAAUGGCCAACGAUGCACUGGACGGUUUGGCUGACAAGCUCGAGAACACAACAGCAGCCAAGGCUGACGUCGCCGUGGUCGAGGUGCUUGCGUCUGACAUCAAGUCAAUGAUGGAGGAAGUCAAGGAGAAAGUCAUGGCUGCCCCAGCAGAGGACGAAGGCAAGCCAGAACCAGUGACGAAGUCAGACCUCGAUGUUCUUGGUGUCCUGUGUACCGAGAUCAAGACUCGUGUCCAUGAUAUGACUCUUCCUGAUCCCGAGGAUAUUCCAUCGAAGGCCGACAUUGAACAGCUUCAGGGCCUCAUCCAUGACUUCCGCGAUAGCCAUGACAAGAUGAAAGACAGCUACGAGAAUGACAUUGCUAUCACGGCCAAGGCGUUCGAUGACCGCAAGCAGGAGCAUGAGGACACCGUUACGCAACUUGGCGAAGUCAAAGCAUUACUUGACGAAGUGAAGGGCGAACUGCUCGAGAAAAUGAGCGACGGUGAAACUGGCUUCACGUCCCUCAAUGAUACCCUCAAGGGCAUUGAAGAGCGAACCGGUAACGAUAACGUCGUCUCCGAGGUCAAGGAGGUCAUGGAGAAGAUAAAAGAGGAAUUCGAACGUGCCCAUGAGUCGCUGGGUGCAAUCAAGGUCGAUCACUCGCAGAAUGCUGAGAGUGCGCUGGAGAAGCAGUCCGAGCACAAGGCCGCGGUUGUCUCUGAACUCAGCGACAAGCUUGACACCCUAUUCGUUGGGCUGACGAGCAAGUACGAAGAGGCUCAAGUAGCCGCUGAGGAGAGGGCUAAAGCCAUGGACGAUAAGGUCUCUCAGCAACAGGAGAUCUUUGACAGCAUGAAGUCCAUGGCCGACGAUCUGAGACUAUCCAUUGAUACCCUUGGCACCACUCUCACUACGUUCAUAGGAGACCUGCCGGCCACAGUGGAUAGGAUGGCCGAGGAAUCGAAAACAGUAUUCAACCAGGCAGCCGAGACCCAUACCAAGGUCGAGGAGGCCACCGAAGAUCUGAAAGCGGAGCACGGCGCUACGCGUGAAGAGGUUGCGAAGGUCCUGGCUGCUGUUGAUGUUGUUCAGAGCGACAUGGCUGAGCACAACCCACGCUUCAUGGUCACUCUUGAAGAAGUCAGAGCGCUGAUCAACCAGCACUACGAGCAUUCUCAAAAAUCCUCUGAAGCUGCCGACGAGCACGCUCAGGCGGUCAAAGAUCUCCAAGAUGCGUUGAAGGCAGGCUUCGAAGACUCAAAAGCCCAAGCACAAGCGCAUCAGGACGGUCUGAAAUCCCAUCACGAGGAGCUCAAGACAGCACUACCUGCGCUCAUGCCACCGCCGGUUGAGGCCCCGGUUGUUGAGAAGUACGAUGAUACAACUGUCCAGGAGAAGCUUGACAAGCUUAUGGGCCAUGUUGAGGAAGCUUCAUCUCGUUCUUCUCAGCUUGAACGCCUUGAUGAGAUUCACGAGAAGGUCAUGGCAACUGCGGCUGAAGUGUCUGCAUUUGUAGCAGCCCAGAACAAGCAAAUCUCCGACGAUCAUGAGACCAAAGAGAGGGAGGCUGAAGCAAUUGCGCUCCUCCUUGAGCGUCGCAUGGAGCGCAAGGAUCAACUGGAAGCUGAGAUCACGGUGCUCAACGAAGAGAAGGAGUCUCUUGCCAAUGCCGUGGAAGCCUUCAGAGCAGAGAAGGAAGCUCUUGCUGCUCAGAAAGCCCGUCUCAAUGCCAACGUCUCUUCGCUCGAGACUGCACUUCAUAUCAGACGAGACGAGCUUCACGAAAUGGACAACAAGGCCGCCGCCAUUGAGCGACGCAUGCUUGAAGGGGUUAUGAACCAGUCUCGGGCGCUGCUAUUGGCCAAGGCCAACAAGCCUCCUUCACCCGUGAAGAAGAAGCCUCAAGGUCGCGAUCUUCGCGUGCCUAGCAACGCUUCAGCGGCCUCGGCCGGGACAGUGACAUCCUCGCUGCCGGGACUGAAGAACAACGUUGCGAUGGCUAUGAAGUCUCGUACAGGCCUCUUUCGCAACAAUGCCGCUGCGAACACUGCCGAGCGCCGCAUCAUGUCGCUCAACCAGAUCAGCCACAACGUCCCACUGGGUGCUCAUGCCUUCUCCGCAGACAAGCCCCUUCCGUCUCUGAACGCGCUGGCGCGCAGCCAGUCAGUCCGAAAUCAGCCUCGGAAGUUCUCUUGGGCCGGGAAGCGCAACAUCAGCGCUACCUCGCACAACAAGGAGAAUGAGACCUUGUCCGAGGAAGAUGAGGAGGAUCUCUCCGAGCGUGCUGAAUCCAGGGUGGGCGAGGAAUUUGGCAGCGAGGCUGGCACUGAGCGCCGAAUGAGCUACCUCUCCGGCACUGAUGGUAGCAUGACAUACGCCACGGGUAGCUACCUCGACGGCGAGACUCCAGGUACAGAUGAUGGUCACCGGAGUGGCUAUGCGCCGAGCGAGAUGACCUACGAUACUGGCAGCUACUUGACAGGUAGCUACCUCACGGGGAGCGAAGUGGACCGGCGAACGAGUGUCGGAAGUUCGGCAAAUGGUGUGGUCGGUGUCGAGUCGGCAAUCGAAGAGGAAGCGGAUGCGGAGCUUGGUGCUGAGCGCCAGGAGGAGGUAGGAGAUGCCAAUCCAGAGGCGCCAUUGAAGCUCGAAGUGCCGCCUGAGUCUCCCGAGCAGAAGAAGGAGGGCAUCACGUACGCGCCGCCGAGUGAUAGUGGACUCGGGACCGACUUGCCCACUGCGGUGAUGAGCGGAGGCGAGGAUUACUUCAAGUAG